AUGGCAGCCAGUGGAAACAAUGAUCCCAAAAGGAAGCUGUUGAUAGUAUCAUCUCUUUGCAAACACUUCUCUCUGGAUCCUGAGGCUUUUUCAAGUGAAGUGCCAGGGAGUGAUAUUAAGACCUUGUACUUAAACAUUUUGAAGUCAUCUGGGAAGGAAUCACCAAAAAACAAUGAUGAGGUGGUGAAGUGGAUAGCUUUUGCAGAGAGCUUUCCUAAAGAUUCUAAGGCAUGCUAUGGUGUUUUAAAUGAAUUGAAUGCUGACUUGGCUCAAAAGUCUGUACUUUUGGGCAAUGGAUUUACACCCUCAGAAGCUGAUGUUAUUGUCUUUUCGGCAGUUCAUAAUUCAGUGAUUGGCCUGUCAAAUUCCGAGAAGGAUAAAUUGCCACAUGUGAUGCGAUGGAUGGAUUACAUCCAGUGCAAAGAGGAUCUUGGUGCACUUUUUGAAAAAAUAUUGCUGGAGAAGCCUGGUUUUGAGCCUCAGAGAGCAAAAGCUGAAGCUAAGCCAGAAGUAGAUUUAAAUGCUCAAAGCAUGAAAAUUGCAGACAAGUCAGUAGCAGAAGUAAAUGCGAAGAAAAGUGAUUCUGGGAAAAAGGCUAAGGGAGAUAAGGAAGCUGUUCAAGAGAAGAAGAAAACACCUGAAACAGAAGCGUCUGACAAAGACAAAGAACUGAGUGUCAGUUUACUAAAUAUACAGGUUGGUCUUAUUCGCAAAGCAUGGAAGCAUCCAUCUGCUGAUAGUCUACUGGUUGAGGAGAUAGAUGUUGGAGAGGCUAAAUUGCGACAGGUUGUUAGUGGAUUGGCAAAGUAUUACAGUCCAGAAGAGUUAACGAAUCGUCGUGUUGUGCUGAUUACAAAUGUAAAACCUGGAAAGCUACGAGAUGUGAUGUCAGAGGGACUGGUGCUUUGUGCUUCUAAUGAAGACCACACCGUUGUAGAGCCUUUAAUUCCCCCAGAAGGGGCUAAACCUGGCGAGGGCGUUUCAUUUUCAGGGAUUGAUGGAAAGCCAGGAGAUGUCCUAAAUCCAAAGAAGAAGCAGUUGGAGAAAAUAACACCGCAUCUUUUCACAGAUGAGAAGGGAGUGGCCACAUUUAAGGGCAUUCCGUUCAUGACCUCAGCUGGGCCAUGCACAUCCUCCAUUCCUAAAGCAAGCAUCAAAUGAAGACAAUAAAAGAUGACUGAACCCACAACAAAACAAUAUAGGUUACUGUUCGGAGGUUCUGCUUGCAAAGUUCUCAGGGGGUCAGUGCUACUUGCUGCUGGAACAAGAUGAGACCGUGCAAAAUGCAGCUCUUUUUUUUUUAUAUCUUUGAAUGGUCUAAAUCAGUGUAUGUUGCUGUCACAAUCUAUAUGAAAAGAUUUUGUUGCUACUACAUUUAAUUUGAAUCUGGUAAUACAGAGAGUUUAACAAGAAAA